AUGACCAGGGUCGGCGGGGCCGAAGCCUAUGGCCAACUGCCACUCACAGAUACCGUUCCUAAGCCAACUCCGGACGUGGUACCUCUGCAUGACUCUCGCCACGGCUAUGGCCACGGGACCUCGACUACACAGAACGGUCGUCACUGCCAGCUGGAGCUCAAGCCUUCACCUACGCCAGCUACUAAUCCAGAGCUAGAACUGCGAAUGUUGAUGUGGCGUUUGAGAUUCGGCGAUACGCAGGCGUGGGCGUCAACAGAGUCAGCAUCGGAGUCGUCGACGGCAGCCAAAAUUUCAAACCUCGCUUUGGCUUCAGGGGUAUCCCAUCUACGCCUCAAGGAGCAUGUUGUCUUCCAAGAAGAGCUGGUAACUGACAAAAUGAGGUUGAGAAUGCAGGCUACAGGCUGCAAAGGACCCAAUGAUAUACGGACGAUUGAGAGCCGAUCUUUGACUCAGCUUCAGCGACGAUGGAGAAUUAAACGCCUGCAAGCCCUGUCACCACGCUCCCGGGUCUUAUGA